AUGUCUCAUCACUCAUUCGAAGGUGAUUUUAAAGGUCCAAUACCACCACUUCUUAGUAGUAGAGUAGGAAUUUAAGAUGGAGAUUAUUAAGCUCAAAGUUUAAGUAGUUUGAAUGCAUAAUCACCUCGAUUAUUUAUUAAUUCAUAGACAAGUCUUCAUAAAAAUUAAGAUAUCCCUUCAGCUAUCUAUGAAAAUAAAAUACCUUCCAAUUAAAAAUCAAAAUUAUUGAAACUCAUCAUUGCAAAAAGCUUAUAAAAUAAUUUCAUAAAAAACCUUAUCAAUCGUUCUUAUAUAAGAUAAUUAGAGUAAUUGACAUAAUAUCAAAUAUCUUAAUUAGAUGAUCUUCAAUUUAAGAUUGAAACAACAGAUUUAAAUAAGAAUAAUUAGAUAUUUGGAUUUAUUGAUGUAUUUACACCAUAUAGCAAAUUCCUUAUUUUUUGGAAUCUAUUUUAAAUAAUAACAUAUUUGGUAAUAUUUUUUUGGUUGCCUUUUAAGAUUUCAUUUGAAAUUUACCAUCUUAGUGAAUUAUAUAUGAAUGGAGAAAAUCUUACUGCUGAAAUUAUUUUAAUGGCUAUUUUAGCAUUAGACAUUGGUGUUGGUAUGAAUAUUGCAUUCAUAGAUAAAGGCCAAUUAAUUAAAGAUCGUUAAAAAGUAAUAAUGAAUUACUUUUAGAAGAAUGCAUUUGUUGAUUUAGUAUUAAUUCAUAUAUUAUUUUCGUGGUGUCUUUUUUUACUGCAAUGAUUUAGUUUUUUGUACCAAAUUUGAGUUCAAAAGAAUUUUAAAUAAUAAUAAUAUAGGUAAUAUUGUGUCUAAUCUUUUAUGUGUUAAGAGUGACAAAAAUCAAUAAUAUAUUAGCAUAAUUAUAAGAGUAAAUAUAUAUAUAUAUAAUGUAGAUUUUUUAAUUUAAGUGAAAUAAUGAAUGAUUUAGUAAAUUUAAUGAAAGUACUUUUAGUAAUUGUUAGUGUUGUUCAUAAUUUUGGUUGUCUUUGGCAUGGUAUAGCUCAUUUUAAUUCUUAAUUUUCUUGGCUUGAUGCAUAUAAUUUAAGGGAUUAAUAAAAUGGAUCAAAAUAUAAUGUAGCUAUCUAUUGGGCAACUAUGACUAUGACUACAGUUGGAUAUGGAGAUAUUACUGCCAAGAAUGAUUUAGAACUUUUGAUUAAUAAUCUUACUAUGUUCAUAGGUUCAAUUGUUUUUGCUUAUUCUGUUAAUAGUAUAGGUAUAUUAGUUACUAACAUUUACAAAAAUUCAAUAGAAUAUAGUAAAACAGUUAGACUAAUAAAUAAAUUUAUGAUUAAAAAUAAGAUUGAGUUUGAUUUAUAAACAAAAAUAAGAAGUUAUUUAGAAUAUAUUUGGAAAGAAGAGUAGGAAUAGAAUGAUGAUUAAGUUGGUGAUGUAAUUAGUAAAUUAAGUAAGUAAUUAUAAGAAGAAUUAUAAUUUUAAUUAAGAGGUAAUAUCUUAAGAAAAUGUAAAAUAAUGGUAAAUACAUUUUCAGAAUCUUUAAUUAAGAAUUUGUUAUAAUAUAUGGAAGAAUAAUCUUAUUCACCAGAUGAAAGGAUCAUCUCUGUAUUAUAUAUAUUAAUAUUGAUUAGGUAAAUGAAUUGGAUGAUUGUGCAUUAUAUAUAAUAACAAAAGGAGAUGUAGAAUUAAUCUUUGAAGGAGUAGAGAUGAAAGAAAAAAUUAAAAGAAAUUCAUUUAAAAAUUAUACUUAAUUUGAUAGUUUUGGAGAAUUUUCAUUUUUUUCAGGAAAUCCUAGAACAGCAACAGCAAUUUCAAGAGGUUUUACAAGAGUAUUCAAAAUAAAAAGAUAAGUUUUUUUAGAUAUCCUUAAAUGUUAUCCUGAUGAUUAAGAGAAAUACUUUUUAAUUAGAGAAUAAUUAAAUUUCAAAGAUUAUGUUCCCUUAUAAUUAAGAUGUUUUAGUUGUUAGAGUAAUACACAUAUGAUUAUUGAUUGUAAUUAUGUUCAUUAUUGUGUUGAUAAAGAGAGAGUUAUAAAAUAAGAAUCUUAUCCAAUACAAUAAGAAAGAAAAUAAGGACAUCAAAGAUACAACUAAAAAUUUAAUUCUAGAAUUAAUCUAAAUAUAAAUUAGGUUAAAGCUGUUAAUUAUAUUAAUGAUAUUAGUUUUAAGAUAACUGAAGAUUAUGAAUCACCAACUUAAGCUAUGUAUGAUAUAUUUGAAGAUGUAGAAAUAGAUGAUUAAAGUAAUUAUACUAAUAUUUAUUAGACUAAAAUAUCAAAUCUCUUAUGGAUUUUAAACAAUAAUCAGAAAGCAUUCAAGAUGAUGAUUAAUAAUAAUAGUAAUCUAUGAUCAAUUUUAAGAACAAUUUAAGUAGAACUGCUUUAUAAACAUUAUAAACAGCAGGUUUUGGAAUUUAAAAUAUCUAGAAGAAAGAAGGUAUCAUUAUUAUGAAAUGAAUAUUUUAUAGUAUAAAUGAUAUAAGAGGAAGAAGACAGUUCUGAUGAAUCAAAGAAUUAAAUAGAGCCAAUAUAUUCUAAACCUAAUAUAAUGAAUUCAAAUCUUAGGAAAACUAGAAAAUCAAUAAAGUCAUCUAAAAGGAUUUCAACUGAUAAUAAACAUUAUAGACCUUCCAUAGAUAUGAAAAUCAUUGGAAAUCAUAUAUAAUCUGAUUUAAAUAUAAGACAUCAAUCAAAUGUUAGCAAUAAUAUCAAAUCUAACAAAUCAUAAGCCUUAAGAACAUUAAUACAUUAACAUAAUCCAACUAUUAUUACAACUUUAUAAAACUUACCUUAAAGUACCUUUUAAGUUAAUUAAGUUAUUUAAGGAUUUGAAAAGAUGUAGAUUUAUUAAUUUUAUCAACCAAAAUAUAAUUAUGAUUAAGUUAUUAAGAGGUAAGAUGUAAUAUUGAAUAGAUAUGCAAAAUUACAAAAGUUCUUUGGUAAAAAAAGAGUAUUUCCAGAGUUUUCAGUAUAUUCCUUUUUCUAUGAAGCAAUAUAGAAAGGAGCCAAGUUACGAAGGAUUGGAGAGUUUUAAAAAGUAUAGAAAUCUCCUAGGAUGUUAAAUUUUACAUUGAAGAAAACUUUUAGAUCUAAUUAUGCAUUGAGUAGAUAAUUAGGUGUUUAGAAUGAUAUGAAUUGA